CCUGUUAUAAAGGCCUUAGCGGGAGUAAAACUACAGUUCCCUCUGCGCUCCUCUGAGGUGGAACUUGUCAAUAUGGCUGUUGUCAGACAGACAAAGCGGAGAGGCAAAUAAUUCGCCUCUGAUUAGAAAUCCUUGGGAAAGGGGUCGCGCGGGGCACCGCCAUCCUGCUGCCUUAUUGUUCGGCGGCUGUUAAACGCACCGCUUGGCUCGUGCUUCACUUUUUUUUUUGGAGUUAAAUGGUGAAGCGGACUGUUUGAGCCGAGGAUGUCUGACUUCAGCGAGGAGCCGCGCUUCACCAUCGAGCAGAUCGAUCUGCUGCAGCGGCUGCGUCGCACCGGGAUGACGAAGCAGGAGAUCCUGCAGGCACUGGACACUCUGGACCGGCUGGACCGGGAGCACGGCGACAAGUUUGGCCACCGCACCUCUUCCUCCUCAUCCACCUACCUAGUAGGCGGGGCAAACAGCUGCACCAACAACUCUGCCUCCAACACAACCGCCACAUCCUUCAACAAUAACAACACUGCCUCGGCAACCACCACCACCUCCUCGGCGUCGUGCAACGGCAGCAACAGCGUUGAAGGAGGCGACCACGCCCCCGCCGCCGCUGCCUCGUCCACCACCUCCAAAGUCUCCACUGCCACGCAAACGCUGUUCAACAGCGGCGGGGGGCUUUCUCCUUCUCCAAGCAACAGCUUUGACACCUCCCCGCCUCCAGGGCGUCCGCCACCCUCCGCUGUCCUGCCGUCGCCAGUUUCAUUGGUGGCGCUGUCUCAGAACGGCCGGGACAGUCUGGCCGCCACGCCCAACGGGAAGGUGUCUCCGCCGCGGUAUCCGGUGAACAGCGCAGCCGCUUCACGAGCGUUUGGGUUCGAAGCAGCAGAGGAAGACCUGGAUGUGGAUGAUAAGGUUGAGGAGCUGAUGAGAAGGGACAGCAGUCUGGUGAAAGAGGAGAUCAAAGCUUUCCUGGGAAACAGGAGGAUUUCUCAGGCAGUUGUGGCUCAAGUAACUGGCAUCAGCCAGAGCAGGAUCUCCCAUUGGCUGCUGCAGCACGGCUCCGACCUGAGCGAGCAGAAGAAGAGGGCUUUCUACCGCUGGUACAUCCUGGAGAAAACCACACCAGGUGCUACUCUGAACAUGCGGCCUGCUCCGCUGCCUCUGGAGGAGAUGGAGUGGAGGCAGACCCCGCCGCCCCUCGCCACCGCUCCAGGAACCUUCCGGCUGCGUCGGGGAAGCCGCUUCACUUGGAGGAAAGAGUGCCUGGCUGUGAUGGAGAGCUACUUCAACGACAACCAGUAUCCAGAUGAAGCCAAAAGAGAGGAGAUAGCUAAUGCCUGCAACGCUGUUAUUCAGAAACCAGGGAAGAAGCUGUCGGACCUGGAAAGGGUGACCUCCCUCAAAGUCUACAACUGGUUCGCUAAUCGGCGCAAAGAGAUCAAGAGACGAGCUAAUAUUGAAGCAACAAUCCUGGAGAGCCAUGGGAUCGACGUGCAGAGUCCAGGUGGACACUCCAACAGCGACGACAUCGAUGGGAAUGACUUCUCUGAGCAGGCCUGUGACCUCCCCUAUUUUGACAAGAGACCCCUCAGCCGACCGUUUGGCCUUUACCGACUGGAGCCCACCUCACCUACACAGGACGACAGCGCAGCUCACAGCGAGCACCAGGACCCCAUCUCCCUGGCUGUGGAGAUGGCCGCCGUCAACCACACCAUCCUGGCGCUGUCCAGAACCGGAGGCGUUCCCAACGACAUCAAGACGGAGUCACUGGAGGACGAAUGAACUGCUCAGGAACUGGGACGGAGCGAGGGAACAAAGCAAGGCAGAGGAAUGGGAUGGUGGGUUUGAUAAAGAUCAAAAUGAUCCUUCUUAGUAACAAACGAACAAAAAACCUUCAGAAUCUGCUCCCCCUCCUCCCAGAGCCUUCGUGUAAACAGUAACCACCCCUAAACCCUGUCCCUGUUCUACUCCAUGUAUGGACACAGCUGGUGGAAAAAGGAGGAGGAGCCAAGCAGCUGAUGGUGGCUCCUCUCUGGGACCGGGUCUCCCAGGAACUCCUCUCCCUUUCCAGCACAGGAUACCUCUUCAGUUUUCUCCUCUUCCUUCCCUCAGCAGCCUGGUCGUCUGAGCCGCUCCUCAGCCUCUCACCUCAAACCUCAGAAAAAUGACGCUCUGUAUAUAUAAGGAAUAUACCUACAAGGUUCUCAGUCACCUCAUGAACGCUACCUACCUUGAUACCGACGCCCCUCACCUGCGUGACACGAGGAGCCUGCAGCCGGCCGCUCUGGGAACGCCGGUGAAGAGGGUUCCUCCUCUUCCUCUGUAGUGGUCAUCCCUCAGCAGCAGCUUCUCUUUUCCUUGCUUCAUGUCUGAGAAGUAGCCUUAACUUCCCAUAGACGGCUGCUUUUUAUUUUCCAACCGCACAAAUGCAAACCGUCUGCACAGAUUAGGAGGGACGAUUCGGUCCUUAAAGUAAACAUUUCAGUCCAGCUAUAGCAGUUUGUUUUCCUGUCAUUCCUUUUAGCUGAGAUUAAAACAGCAGUUUGGCUUUUUUUCCUCCUACCUUUAAGUUGAUCUACCUUGUAACCCCCGCGAGCCGUCCAAUAAGGACGCGGGGCUCUACCUUCCAGAUCAUCCAUAUCAAAGGAAGCGUCUCAUGGAUCCGCCGGUGAACCCAAAAUGAUCUCUGCUCUCUCCUUUGCUCUAGUUAUCAGCGACCUCUCUCACACCCAUGCUAGGUUUGACACUACAGCAGGCCUGUAUCAGUAACGGUAGGUAUCUGCAGGCUAAUAUAGCUACCCCUAAGCUAAUUACUACUUCUGUGACGCUGCCUCUUUAUAAUAAGAAUGAUAAUACUGUAAGCUGUGUGCUUUGUUUUUAUACAACAGGUAUCAAAUUAGACUGAAUCCACACUGGAGAUGAAUAUCAAAAAAAAUAUACAUUUAUUUUCCUGUUUCACCUACAAAUAACCUCAAAAGGAAGCAUUGAAGGGAAUCUGAUUUGGUUUCUUUUUGUGUUGGAUGAGAGUUCUCCAAAUCCAUCAGCCUCCAUUUA